CAACAACAACAACAACAAUUAUAUUUGUACUGGAGUACCCAAUGAAGAUCCUUUACCUCAUUAUGUUUUGAUACCUAUUGGAAAGACAGGUGAUGGUAAAUCUAGUUUACUUAAUUCAUUAUUUGGAUAUCAAGAAUUCAAAGCAGCUGCUGCAGCAAAGUCUGUGACGGAUACUGUAGUGGAACGAACAGGUGUAUGGACAGUGGAUAGGAUGAAUGCUAUAGUAACAGUGGCGGAUACUCCUGGAUUUGCUGAUUCUGCUGGACGUGAUUUUACAAUAGCGAUUCAAGAUUAUAUUAUGGAUGUCAGUAAUCGAAUUGGUAUUGAUGCUUUCCUUUUAGUAUUCCAACUAAAAUCUCAACAGGUCAUGUCGAUUCUCAAAGCCUUUGCAGAGUUGAUGAAAGAUGUGGAACCGAAAAAUUGGUGGGAGCAUGUUAUUUUAGUAUUUACUCGGGUGGAUUAUACAACUGAACCUCAAAAAUUGAUUCAAACCAAACGGUAUAUUACUCAAACACUUCGUGAAGAAAUCAAGACAACAUUCGGUUUAGAAAAUCCACCUCCAGCUGUAUUUGUUAGUUCUAAAGUACACCAUUGUCCCUUAUUAUCUGGCAAGGAUUGUGAUUGUGUAGAAGUCAAGUUUUAUCAAAAUGAACGUAUGCGGAUAUUAAAGGAAGCCAUUGUUACUUGUGGUGAACGUGGAAGAUGGAGAGCAACCAAAGUUAGACAAACAGUUAGUGAUAUCGUUUCCCAACCCUUACAAAACGAUGAUAGAAAUAGUCAUCCCAAUUUAUACCAAUCCCCUCCUGAACCACCUAUUCAUCAAAGUCAAUAAAAAAAAAAUUAUCUAAGCUGUUGAUUUUACCAUU